UGCACUCUUCACCCGGAAGAGAAGCGGCGCUGGAGCUGCGAGUCGAGUCCAUUGCUGCAGUGAGUCCUGCGGGGGGGAUGGACAGGGAGGAUUUCGCUCAUAACCGACUUGUCAGAAGAGACUGUUUGAAAGCUUGAUCGUGGCGGGAGCGGGGAUGGCGAUGGCACAUGUCGGGGCUGUAGUCGCUGCUGUGACGGGCGUGCUGGCUGUCCUGCUGCACUCCUCUAUCCACAAGAUCGAAGAGGGACACCUGGCUGUGUACUACAGAGGUGGGGCCCUGCUGACGGUCCCCAACGGUCCUGGCUAUCACAUCAUGCUGCCGUUCAUCACGACGUUCCGGAGCGUGCAGACCACACUGCAGACUGAUGAAAUAAAAAAUGUGCCUUGUGGAACAAGUGGGGGAGUGAUGAUCUACUUUGACCGAAUUGAAGUUGUCAACAUGCUGGUUCCGUCUGCAGCGGUUGAUAUUGUGAGGAACUACACUGCGGAUUACGACAAAACACUGAUUUUUAACAAGAUCCAUCAUGAGCUGAAUCAGUUUUGCAGCGUCCACACUCUCCAGGAAGUGUAUAUCGAAUUAUUUGAUAUAAUUGAUGAAAACCUCAAGCUGUCCCUGCAGAAAGAACUUAAUGUCAUGGCUCCUGGUCUCACAAUUCAGGCAGUUCGUGUUACGAAGCCCAAAAUCCCAGAAGCCAUCAGGAGAAAUUUUGAACUAAUGGAGGCAGAGAAGACCAGGCUGCUCAUCACUGCUCAGACGCAGAAGGUCGUGGAGAAGGAAGCAGAGACUGAAAGGAAAAAAGCCAUAAUAGAGGCGCAGAAGGUCGCUCAAGUGGCUGAAAUUCACUUCAGGCAGAAGGUGAUGGAGAAGGAGACGGAGAAAAAGAUCUCUGAAAUCGAAGAUGCAGCGUUCCUGGCCAGAGAGCGCACCAGAGCGGAUGCCGAGUACUACACGGCUGCGAAAUUUGCUGAAGCCAACAGGAUGAAGUUGACACCAGAAUACCUGGAGCUUAUGAAGUACCAGGCGAUUGCGGCGAACAGUAAGAUUUACUUUGGCCAAGACAUCCCCAACAUGUUUAUGGAAAACAGUGGCUCUCAGGCCAGGACUCAGGAUGAGGAGGAAGAAGGGUCACCUGAUCUGCUGGACUCUCUAGGAAAGACGAGGAAACACAAGAAAGCACCGCGCUCUUCAACAAGGGAUUCUAAAUCCGGUUCUCCAGAGUAAUUGGCAAACACAAGUACUUCUUUUUUAUAUCUUGUGGGGGAGAUUAUGAUUGGCAUGCUUUUUUUAAAAAAAAUUUGUGUGAAAGUUAAAUUGAGGUCUCGGAGUCCUGCCGUUGACUGCUCUAUUUUCGAUUGAGGCUGAAGUGAUGUCGGGAUUCUUAAACGUUUUCGUAAAUGGACAAUUUUUUUUUCUUGCAACUCUAUGUGAAACCAUAGUUUGACUAUACAAUAAUACUUGCAACCCUGCCUCAGAUAUUGCUUUAAAAUAACAAUGAUGCCUAAAGGUGUCUGGAGCUGGUAAAAAGUAAAAAUGAUGCUGCACAUCAGGAAUGCAUUUUUAAAAACCAAGUGGAUGACUGAUGCAGAAUACUGAUACUAAAUAUGCAUUUUAUUUUGGCUUAGAUCUUGGCAAAGAUUUCUACUUUUUUAAUUAAAAGUUUAAGGUUGUGAACUUUGCUAACAUGUUUACAAAAUCUUGAAAAUGUCCUGUAAACUAAACACUUGAGUUUUCUUACUGUGUCUUGCACAUAACUGGACUUAAUGAACUACCAAUUUGCUCACACAUGAUCAAAGUGGGAGCUUUUGGAAGCCGGAAAUAUUUAAAAAGAUGUUCCCUAAACAUUUAAACAGGAAGUCGUUGCUGCAAUUGAUAAAUGAAUGCAUAGUGACAAUGUCCGCAUAAGAAUGCUUUAGAUAGUUACUGAAAUUGGAACAUGUCACUAUACACAGUUGAGUUUUGUCAUCUGGUCAACUAAAAUACCUAUAGUAUCCAAAUCUGCGGCUUUAAGGUCUAAGUAAUCAUUAUUAAACCAUUUGGAAUUAUUUGCAUUAAGAUCUUGCUGAUGAGAAGCACUAAUUUAUUGCCUUUUUAUUUAUGUGAACUGGUUGACAUCAAGGAAUUUUGAAGUCCAGAAUUGCUGUUGGUGCUGCAGCGGUCUGGAUCUCAUGCUCCACCUGGGGGCUGUAUGGACUCAAGCUAGGAUUGUCAAACACUAAAUGCCAGGAUCAGUCUUAAAUUUGGUGCUUUUUGAAUUUUAUUUUUUAAUGAGGGUAACUAUAGGCUAGGUUGGUUCUCUUGCGUAUUGCUGUAUAAUAAAUAGAAAAUCACUGGUUUCUUACCUCUCUUUAAUAGCCUCCCAGGUUUGGGCAGAGCUCUCAACCAGGAAGACCCUGUCAGAAGGUCCACAAAACUCAAGUACUCAUUGUUUUGUACUCUGGUUUUCCACAAUGUGAAAAUUCAUUGAACAGAAAAGCUGGUUGUUCACAUCUGCACCAGAAAUAAUAAACCCUCUGGAUGUGUUUAAUGUCUGAUAAAGUGAUAACUAGCCUGCUCUCUAAGCUGAGAAUUAUGUUUUAAAGUCUUUCGGACUUGUUGAAAUGUAAAAUGCAGAGGAAGACGCAUCAUACCAUGAGUUCUUCAAUGAGCUGUCAGAAGUUAUUGGGUCCCACAAAGUGAAUAAUUAUGGUGUCUUACUGUUCUUUCCAGGGCUUUAUAUUAAAAUGUGGGUUUUGAGAGCCUUUGGUUUGGACUGCUCUAGAGUGGAGUGUGCUGUGCUCUUCAGCAGUUUGUGACAUUUUCCGAAUUUCAAAGGGUCAAGGAGGGGGAGACAGUCUGAACUGUAACAUUUUUCCUGCAGCUGCAUUCUUCCCACUGGAGGAUGUACAGUGAUCUUUUGCUACACUUGAGUGAAGCUGUUUUUCAAGUCUUUUUUUAAAACUGGAGACCAGUCGGUGGUAGAUCAAGCACAAGCCUGUGUCAUCAUGAUGAAAGCCCUUCAGAAGUUCUGCUGCUUCAAACGUUUGAUCCGCAGAAAUGCGGAUGCCAGGGUGGUGCACAGUGAGCAGGGGUUAGGGCUGUGGGCUGAUCUUUUCACUAAUUAUAAGCCAUGCAAAAUCGCCAGGCUUCGUGCUGUCAGUGCAUCUUUUCUCUUGUCAGUUUGGACCUUUGCGCUGUGAAAUGAGGAAGCGCAUCGCACUAUUAAAACCGUAAAUCCAACCCGAAGGUUUCACGUGUGGCGGCGAGCUCUCUUUCAAGAUGUUUGUUUUGCUGAGGCCGUUGUUGGGAGCAUUACGUUACGCGACGGGCUGCAGGUGGCGGGUCUGUGACUGUGGAGGGAGUUUAAACUGUCAGAAACGGGCGUUUAGUGGGAUGUACUGCCGUCUGUGGGCGGGUAGCCAUUGUUCCAGCACGUGCUGAUGAGUUCGACGUGUACAAACGCAUGGAAAGGGGAGUUUCCCAAUGUGUCCGUUUCGAAUCGGGGUCUUUCAGGUCCGAUGUGCUACAGUAACUACCCUGGCAGGGGUCUUCGCUUCUCUGCCUCACAACACCAGAAUCCACAGGAGAGUUUCAGGCGACUGAGCCUUCUGCCCCAAUCUUUUGAGUCAGAAUGUCCUUCGCACACCCGCGAGCUUGAGAGCUGUAUUUUCGGAGUCUUGUAGCAUUAAUACCCAGACUAUGGCAGGCUACAGAGUAAGAGCCGGAGGGGUGGGUGUGUAGUUCCCUGAAUGUGACGCGCGUUGGUAUCCACGGCGCUUGGCUCACUUGAGCACGGACAAGACUCGCUGGCAUGUGGUCGAACACUACGGGUCUGUGCCAGGAAGAAACUGCUUGUCACCGCUUGAGGACGCAGCUUGGCGAAUGUGAACUUUUGUAUAAUUCAUGCGAUCUCCGUAUUGUAAUAAAUUUAUAAGCAAAAUUUUCAAAUGUUUUUGACAAGGGUUACAAAAAAUAAAGCCUAUUUUGAUACCUUGA